GGCUCAUCUCGAACGAGCCUUAUAAGAUAGAUGCAGGGCACGCAGAUAGUGGGGUGUGUGGCUUCAAGAAAGACAGGAAGGUUUAGUUAAAUGAAGUGAAACAAGACUCGGGGAAGAUGCAUGUUACGAAAUGAUCUUUACAACCAGAUGAAGAGCUAAAAGGGAACUGCUGCUGUACGUUUAAGGUGGAAUGAGACAGCAAUUAAAGGAGAGGCCCCCAAAAUAAAGGCAUCAGCAUUAUAUAGUCAGCACUACAGAAAGAAAGAGAGCAGGAGCAAAAAAACAAGAUAGGGGAGAGACUACUUUCGUUCUGUGCUAAGAGUGUUUCUGAUCUUACUAAAGGCUUCCUGUGUCAGCACCAUGGGGAAGUCAGCCUCAAAGCAGUUUUCCGAGGAGGUGCUGCGGUGUCAUAAUGAGUUCAGGAGGAAGCACCAGGCUCCUCCAAUGAAGCUAAGCAGCAAGUUGAGCAGAGAGGCUACCAGUUAUGCUGAAAGUCUGGCCAGCACACGGAUCCUGAAACACAGCGUGGAGUCCAGUAGAGGAAGUUGUGGAGAAAACCUGGCGUGGGCCUCCUAUGACCAAUCAGGAAAGGAUGUUACAGACCGCUGGUAUGAUGAAGUGAAACAGUACAACUUCAACCGUCCUGGAUUCUCCUCUGGCACUGGUCAUUUCACAGCAAUGGUUUGGAAGAGCAGUAAUAAGUUGGGUGUCGGUAAGGCUACUGCAUCAGACGGUUCAUCUUUCGUGGUGGCCAGAUACUUCCCUGCUGGAAACAUCACUAACCAGGGACACUUUGAAAACAACGUCCUCCCAGCUAAAUCCACCACCUAACAAUGUCUCGAUUCCCAACACUUGACUCAAGCCUGAAGGCAUUCAUUCCAUUUUUCCAGGAAAGUCUGAAGUUAUCUACCUGCACUGCUAUGAAGGAUACUCAGGAAAGCAUCCAUACUAUCUUUUAUGGAUUUCUUUUAAAGAUUAAAUGCACUCCGGCUUCCAGUCCUGUGUUUGUAAUUUGAAAAAAGACCUGUGUUUGAUACAGUGUUUAGAAUGAAGAAAGCACUACUGUCUGACAUUGCUAACAAAACAUUUUCAGUAACCAUUUGGGUUGUUUUAUCUAAAGUUCGAUGGUCAUUUACAUUGCUUCUGACAGUAUUUCAUUCAUUAAUGUCAAGGCUUUUUAUAUUUACACACUGAAAUACAUAAUAGCCUCACAUCUUUAAUUGAGCAAAAAUGAGAAUGAAGUUAUUCAAAGGACAGGCUUUAUGCAUUCACACAUGGAGUCAUUGCUUGUAAUUCAAAGCUGAUGACUCAACAUGCGUGGUAUGUGUUUGUGUUAUUACAACUACUUGUCAAAGCUAACCCUGCUGUCCCAGGUAUGUGUUUUGUGCUCUAAUCAGUUUUCUACAAUAAAGUUGAUAGAUUGUCAGAAAUG